GAUUGUGUUGAGAAGGAUUACACUGUGGUUACCAUGAGAGCAAAAGAUCGACCAAAGUUGUUGUUUGAUAUUGUUUGCACUUUAACUGACAUGCAGUAUGUAGUUUUUCAUGGUGUUGUCAAGACAUUACGGACAGAAGCUUUUCAGGAGUUUUAUAUUCGUGGCUUUCCCAUUAGUUUAGAGGCUGAACGUGAACGACUGGUGCAGUGUCUUGAAGCAGCAAUUGAAAGGCGAGCAUCUGAGGGAAUGGAGCUGGAGUUGUGCACAAAAGAUCGUGUAGGACUUCUUUCAGAUAUCACAAGAAUAUUUCGAGAGAACAGUUUGUGUAUCAAAAGAGCAGAAAUAUCAACAGAAGAAGGAAUGGCAAGAGAUACUUUUUACGUUACAGAUGUUACUGGUAACCCAGUUGACCCCAAGAUUAUAGAUUCAAUUCGCAGACAGAUUGGUGACAAAGUACUGAACGUAAAGCAUAGUUCUAGUAUUUCACCAAAGGCCCCUCAACCCACAACAAUUGGAUUUCUCUUAGGAAUUUUUUUCAAAGCUCGAUCUUUUCAGAAUUUUAAGCUGAUCAGAUCUUAUUCUUGAGUCCUCCUUUGUAUAUUCUCUGCAUUUUCCUUCACUUACUCUCAAGUGAAACAGAAAUUUAUGUGUGCAAGUUAAAGAGAUUGUAUAUAUGUUUCUCCCCAGCAAAGGGUCUUGGAAUUUACCCUGUACAGUAGAAGAAAGCUUAAACACACAUCUACAUAGCUUAGUUGUGCUCAGUAGCAUGUUACCUAGGUUCAAUAUGAAGCAAGUAGUCCUUUUAGGAUGCCAAAUCCAAAAGAGUAUAUAGUGCUUUUAGGGGUGUGAUUUUUAGUAGAUACGAUUGGGUCUGUACAUGGUUUAAAGAAUACAUUUUGGUGGUGUAAUUUGGAGUAGAUGUAAACUUUGGUAUGUACAUAAAAUUCAAUGGAAAAAUUGUAAUUAUGUGUAUAA